UUAGCUAUAAAUACUGGUAUGUUGGGUACUUCAGAUCAAUCCCCUAUAAGUGCGGGUUCAUCAGCGACUUCUCCUAUAGUAUAUCAACAAGCUGCACAUCAAGCUUUAUUAAAUAGUCAUUUUAUGGCUGCUACACAAUCAAUGAAUGGUGGUCUCAUUCCUUCAUCACAACGUCUUAAUGGUCAUCGUAAAGGUUUUAGAUCAGAUGAUGGUGAUUUAACUUCAGCAACAGGAGAUCGUCCACAAAAAGUAUAUUCAUUUGUUGCUUUACCGGGUAUUAAUACAAAGAAAAGACCUCGACGAAGAUAUGAUGAGAUUGAACGUCAUUAUGCUUGUAAUUAUCCUGGAUGUACAAAGAGUUAUGGAACUUUAAAUCAUUUAAAUGCACAUGUGCAGAUGCAAAAACAUGGUCAAAAGCGACAUCCAUCUGGUAAGUCUUAAAUUUAUUGCGUACGAUAAUUUCGUAUACGAUUUAUUUAAGUAGGGAAUUUUUAUUAAAUUUUAUUAUUUUCCUUAGAAUUUAAGGAACUCAGAAAACAAUGGAGAAGACAAAAGAGGGAAGAGGAGGAACGUAAAGCUGCUGAAGUUGCUGCAAACAAGAAUUCUGCCGUAGGAGGAUUAAAUAUAUCGUCACUUUCAUCAAUAUAAAAAAAAAAUUCCAUGUAAUAAUUUCAAAAACAAAAAAAAGGAACAAUUAUUUUUCUCAAGCAUCAUUUUUUUUUUUCUUUAUUCUUUUUUUUUCCCCUUUCUUCACUAAAAAUCUUAUGCAUAUAUGAUUAGGUUAUAUAGUAAAUAGGAUAUGCAGGACAAUUGUUUUUUAUAAAAAAAAAAAAAAAAUAUAAAAA